UUGGCAAUUCGGAAUUUGCGCUUGUGUGUGUUUUAUCCAGAAGGAGGAGGAUGCAGGUUGUGCCAUUGCCACUGCCCACUGCCACUCUGAGAACCUCUCAGCGACCAUCCAGUGCUCUUCUUCCUUCCCUUCAUUUACCUUUCUACCCUUCUUCUCUCCCUACCAACACCACGCGCCUUUUCCUCCCUCCUCUCCAUUCCGCCACUGCUACGCCUACACCUACCCAAGAGCCUCUUCUUCACACCCCCACCAAUGAAUCCACCUUCAUCGAUAUUGGAUACAUUUCAAGUGUUCAUGGUCUUCAUGGCGAGCUUCGCGUCAAACCCACCACCGAUUUCCCUCAACUCCGCUUCUCCACUCCCGGGAGAAGAUGGUUGAGGCAGAAGGUUUUGAAUGCCGAAACCCUUCGAGAGGUCGAGCUUGAGGAAGGUAGAGAGCACCCUGCACUCAAGAGUUGGAUACUUAAAUUCAAAGGGAUUGACUCUGUCGACCAGGCUAAGAUGCUUAUUGGUGCUACGUUGCUUGUCACGGAAGAAGACAAGCCAGACUUAGAGGAGGGUGAAUUUUACACUCAUGAUCUUGUUGGGAUGAGAGUUUUUUUGAAGGAAAGUAGAGAACUUGUGGGAACUGUUAUUAAUGUUUUCAAUAGUGGAGCCAGUGACCUACUACAAGUGUCACUUGAUUCGUCUUUUGACAUACUUGAUAAAAGUGGCAAGCCAAGGUCAGCGGGAACAGAAGCAUCUGAUCAGCUUGUUUUGGUGCCUUUUGUCGAAGCAAUUGUUCCAGAUGUUGAUAUGGAAAGAAGAGAAAUGCAUAUUACGCCCCCGAAAGGACUCCUUGAAUUAAACCUACGAUAUGAUGAAAGGUCCAAAAAAGAAAGGCGCCAACUUGAAUGGAAGGAGAGGAAAAAGUUUUCAAAGCAGCUCAUAGCAGUGAAAAAGAAACUUGUUGAAAUGGAGCAACAGCAUGUAUUUCAUGGACUUCGAUAUGGAGAGAAAGAACAGAGGAGAUUGCUUAGUGAGCAGAUUGUGGAUGUCAACUCCAAAUUGUUACAGGAGGCUUUACAAAGUCUUGAACAACCAAUCAAGAGCAGAUGGAACAUGGCUGAGUUGGUCCGCUCCCUAGAAGCAAAGCUUAUAAGUUCUCUGGAAAUAUCGGCAGAAUCUUUCGUAGAUAGAAGUAAGAAGUUGGUUGGAGAUAUGAGGAUGCAGGAAAAGGGACUUACGCUCAUGAGCAAAGGCAAAAUGGCUAUUGUCCUGCUUUCGAGUGAAAUAGAGAAUCAGGAUUGCAUUAGGAACCCUGGCAAUGUUGAAACUGAAGCAACUGAAAGUUCACCACUUACCUUGCUCCAAAAGUUACUCUGCAAUCAUGAAACUUUUGUCGAAGAUCGUGUAUCUGUGCCUUUAAUUUUGGUCUCUUCAGCAGAACAAAUCCAGCCUUUAACAACAUUGUUUACAAACAAUAAUCAUUUUGGAUUUGACUCUGAAAAGGUAUGGUUUUUGGAAGAAGAGAAGCUACCGGUUAUUAGCAGUUUGCUGGAAGGAGAGAACAAGUAUAAGAUCUUGAUGAAAUCGCCUUGGGAAAUACUCCAAGCUCCUGCUGGAUCUGGAGGAUUUAUUAGCUUGUUUUCAAAGCAUAACAUCAUGGAUAAUCUUAUCAACAUGGGUGUUGAGUACAUUGAGGUAUGCUGUCCAAGUGGAAGAAUUGCUGGUGGCAACUCUCUACUACUUGGGUUGGUUAGAUCAAGGGGAGCCAAUAUUGGGAUACAAAUUUCACAUGCAAAUGCAAAUGCACUAGCGGAUUCGGAUAAAAAUGUUGACAUGAUAUUCUCCGUGGAUUUUGUGAAUAAGUUAUUGAAGGAGAGCAACAUACUCCAGUUUGAUGCAACAGAAAAGGCAAAUUCCUAUGUUGAGAAGGUUGACAAAGAGUGGGUUACUGUCACAUCGUCCACCCCCAACUCAUUUGAGCUAUCGUGUAAUAUAUAUAGUUCCUUAAACGCGUGUCCUUUGGACAAGGUUUGUGUACUGCAGGUUAGAGAAUAGGGUAGAUGAAAACAUAUUUGUUUUGCACGUAUAUAAUGAAUAACAGGAAAGGGUAUUUGUGUAAAGACGUCAAAACCGGUAGCUAAUAGUGUUAUAGCAAAAUAAAGAGAAUCGCCUGCUCUGUUGGAGGGGUAAUGAAAA